AUGCUACAGCUCCCUGACCUGCGCAUUUACGAUAACACACAGCUCAUUCUCAAUGCUGCGGCUUGUGUUGGGGCAAUAGGACUAGUUGUUCGGGCUUACCUUCACAAAUCAGAUAGCCGCCUUCCUCUUCCACCUUCUCCUCUCACUUGGAGGCUUCGGGGACACUUCCUACCCCCUCGCAACGCCUCUCUCACUGUCGCGCGGUGGAUCGACGAGUAUGGCCCUCUUUUCCCCCCCUUGGGGCUCGGGACACCUCUGAAUAUCCGGACCUGUUUUUACUAA